AUGCUACAAGCGCAGAGCCAGCACGUCUUUUCCCAUCAGCACCAGUACCCUCAGGCUGAUCCGACAUGGCUGCAACACCAGCAGCAACAGCAACAGCAGCAGCAGCAACAGCACCAUCAGGCGCAGCCACAUCCCCAGCAUCAGCAUCAGCAGCAACAUGCUUCUCUAGUCGCUCAACAGCAUGCCCAAGUACAAGCCGCCGCUGCCGCGGCGCAACAACAGCAGCACUAUAGCCGACUGGCAAUGACUGGCAACGGCGCUUCCAAUCCUGUCCAAAAUGCUGGGGGCGUUGGCAACAUGGGCGGUGAAGGUCUUGCGAAUGCUGUCUCGGUCAUGGAUGGCGGUAUCAGCGAGGAGAACCGAAAGGUCUUCAUCUGGGUUGCGGAACUGCUGGACCCCGCUCGUCGAGAGGCGGCCUUGAUGGAACUAAGCAAGAAGCGAGAGCAGGUUCCCGAGUUGGCCCUGGUCAUUUGGCACUCUUUCGUGGACGUCAUUCUCACAGGUGUGAUGACUGCUCUUCUGCAGGAGAUCAUCUCUGUGUAUCCGCUUCUGAACCCCUCACAGUUGACGGCGGCGGCAUCAAACCGAGUUUGCAAUGCGCUGGCGCUUCUUCAGUGCGUCGCAUCCCACAACGAGACACGAACCCUUUUCCUGAAUGCGCACAUCCCUUUGUUCCUCUACCCUUUCUUGAACACGACUUCGAAGUCGCGGCCAUUUGAGUACCUCCGCCUUACAUCCUUGGGCGUGAUUGGCGCAUUGGUGAAGAAUGAUUCUUCAGAUGUGAUCAACUUCCUGCUCACCACUGAAAUUAUCCCACUGUGUCUUCGUAUCAUGGAGACCGGGUCAGAAUUAAGCAAAACAGUCGCAAUUUUCAUUGUGCAGAAAAUUCUGCUCGAUGACAUUGGUCUCGCGUAUAUCUGCGCCACCUAUGAGCGAUUUUAUGCUGUGGGGACCGUCCUCAGCAAUAUGGUCACCCAGUUGGUCGAACAGCAGACAGUCCGGCUCCUCAAGCACGUCGUGCGCUGUUUCCUUCGCCUUAGUGACAACAGCCGGGCUCGUGAGGCAUUGCGGCAAUGUCUCCCUGAACCUCUCCGAGAUGCAACCUUCUCCUCUGUCCUCCGCGACGAUGCAGCUACCAAGCGCUGCCUUGCUCAGCUGCUCAUCAACUUAUCAGACAAUGUCUCUGAUGGGGCCUCGGCGGCCAUGUAA